AGUAACAGAAUUUCCAUUAUCUUUUCCAGAAGCGCGUUUUCAUCACAACGGAGCAUCAUGGGGUCCGAUUCAUGGUUCCCGAAACUGAACAGUUGCUGUGGUUUUCCUUUGAGGACGGGCACACUCAUCAUAGGUUGGACUUUUGCGGCUAUAGGAGUGCUUGAUUUUCCAAUUGGAUUACCGAAUACGAUCAAAUUCAUCAGCGGAUAUCACAGCAUUGAAAGUACAGGAGAGCAAAUAGCAGUAGUCAUUAUGAUAAAGGAAUUCAUAUUAGGGGAUUUGGGCACAAUUGCUGCUCUCAUGCUUUUAUUUGGGGUGUAUAAGCAAAAACCAACAUUUUUAUCACCAUUCAUAGCGUCGGCUAUCAUUGAAGGCAUCGACCUACUCCUUAAUUUUCCAAUGUUCAUCUUUACUAAUCUCCGAGGGGACAUGGAACGUAUGCUGCCGAUCAAGAAUCAUGAUCAAGACAUUUAUGAAGCAGUUUACCACCCCUUAUCACUUAUAUUAAAUUUCACGUUAAAUUUCUACAUUUGCACGAUUGUAUAUAGUUACUAUAAGGAAAUGAGAAGCAGCAUCCCGUACCGAAGAAAUGUGGAUGAACCCAACGCGGAGAUAGCAUGAAAGAGAGGCAUUCCAUAAAUCUUGAUUUAUUUAUUUAUUUCUUUAUUCAUUCAUGUAAUUCCAGAAUGUCGUGAAUAAGUCGCAAUAGUUCUCUCGAACUAUGUUUAUAUAAUUCCCAUUUUUUUCUAUUUUCAGGAUUGAAAAUUUUUACACAUAUAUUUUACUAAAUAUAAAACUGAUCUGAGUUAAUAUUUUAAUAUUGUUUUUGCACUGAAUUUUGUAAAUUUCUAAAAAAAUUAAAAUGUUAUAUUCAUCUGAAAA